AUGUUGCCAAUUGGGAACCUAAAUACAGGAUUUUGUGUACUUCUGAUCACAGCUCAAUUACCAUUGCAGGAUCAGGGUUACAAGAAACCUACUCAAGUGGCUUGCGGCCAAUCUGCAUGCUAUGUGUCGUUGUAUGGAGUUCUCCUAAGACAAGAGUUCAAGCUUGGCCGACUGUAG